GAGGGGCACUGGCGGGACCGUGGGGAGCCCAGGGUGUGAAGUUACGUGUCCGUGGGGCUGUGGGUCAGGCCAUGCCAGGUGUGGUGCAGACAUGUGGGUUCUGGGAGUUGGUCCCCAGCAGCAUCCCCGCAUGGACACGGCUGUCCUGGUCCUGAGGGGCACGUAGGAUCUGCCUCCGCUGCAGCACAGGGGUACCCGGGGCCAUGUCAUGGCCGCUGAGCCAGAGGAGCGACUUGGCCAAUGACAACAGCUGCCCAGGGCUGAGUUUGGUGCUGCGGGUGCCACACAGUGAGCUUCUGAACGGCACGCUGCCGUGCCAGGCCUCGCCUCCAGAGCACCACCCGUGCACCUGCCCUGCUCAGCACGGCGCCCUGGGGCCAGGACCGCCAUCUAGGGAGGAGCCCGCCAAUGUCAAGUGGGUGAAGGAUGGGCAGAACCAGCUGCGCCAGGCGGCCGAGCAGGACCAGAACCGUAAUGAGCUUGGCCCCCUCGCCACGGUGCUGCUCAGUGACCUGCCGCGGGGGGGCCCGGAGGAGGAGGAGGAGGAGGAUGGCGACUCCACCCCGGUACAGAGUGACCCCAUCACGGCCGAGUCAGAGCAGAGCUUGGAGCGUGGGUCCCGCGAGCACGGCAAGAGCGCCAGCCUGCUCUUCGGCCCACGGGCCAGCGCCGCCAGUGACGAGGACUCCAGCUGGGCCACGCUGAGCCAGGGCAGCCCGGCUGGCAGCUCCCCCGAUGACACAGACGCUGCCUGGGCCCGCAACGCCUUCGAGACGGACUCGGACCUUCCUGCUGGAUGGGUGAGGGUGCAGGAUGCCUCGGGCACCUACUACUGGCACAUCCCCACGGGCACGACGCAGUGGGAGCCGCCCGCAGACCUGGGCCAGGGCGAGGGGGGCCGUGGCCCUGACCGUGACUCCCAGGGGAAUACGCCCACUGAGGAGCAGCAGGCCACGACCCCCACUGGCUGGUUUCUGUCCCGCUCUCUGCAGCUCACCUGGACGGGCUUUGUGGAGGCCGAGCGCUUGGCGGAUGCCGAGGGCUGGAAGGACGUCCCGUCGGAGGAGGGGACCCUGGAGCUGGGGCAGCAGGACUUGGAGCAGCCCACCCUGCACCUGGCACUGCUGAGCCUCAGUGCGCCGAAAGCCAAGGAACAGAUGCUGCAUCUGGGCUCGCCCCUGGGCUCCAAGAGCUUCCCGGUGCGGUCGCUGGGCUGGGUGGAGAUGAGCGAGGAGGAGCUGGUGCCAGGCAAGAGCAGCGCGGCCGUGAACUCCUGCAUCCGCCAGCUGGCCGGCCGUGGGGCCCCCCCGCCGGGGGGCUGGGACCAGGGCCGGGCCAUGCUGCUGCUCCUGGACCACGAGACGCUGCGGCUGCUGGAGCCAGUGGAGCGGACGCUAUUGCAUGCCCAGCCCGUGGCCAGCAUCCGCGUGUGGGGCGUUGGCCGGGAUGAUGGCAGGGACUUUGCCUAUGUGGCCCGGGACCCACUGACUCAGAUGCUGAAAUGCCACGUCUUCCGGUGUGAGACAUCAGCCAAGCGCAUUGCCACCAGCCUGCAGGCUGUCUGCUCCCAGAUGCUGGAGCAGCGGCAGAGCAGCCGGGCGCUCCUGAGUGGCCUGGUGCUGGAGCAGGCCGGGAUGGUGGAGAUUCCCUUCCAAGUGGAGUUCCCGGCUCCCAGGACCGAGCUGGUGCAGAGGUUCCAGGUGUCCUACCUGGGCAGCGCGCCCGUCGCCCGGCCUGUGGGCAUGGACGUGAUCAACGCAGCCCUGGACUCGGCCCUGGCAGCCCCCAGCCGGGACCACUGGACCCCCAGCCACGUCCACGUGGCCCCUGCCACGCUCAGCGUCACCCACGCACAGACGGAGGCCGUGCUGUGCGAGUGCCGGGUGCGAUUUCUCUCCUUCAUGGGUGUGGGCCGGGACGUUCGCUCCUUCGCCUUCAUCACGGCCAGCGCCCCCUGCGCCUUCCGCUGCCACAUGCUGUGGUGCCAGCCCAACGCCGCCGGGCUCAGCGAGGCCCUGCAGGCCGCCUGCAUGCUGCGCUAUCAGAAGUGCCUCGACGCCCGGCCCCAGGCCCCCAGCUCCUGCCUGCCGGCGCCGCCCGCAGACUCCAUGGCCCGGCGUGUGGGCUCCACUGUCCGCAGGGGCGUCUGCAACCUGCUGGGCAGCCUGCAGCCCAAACGCCUCGGGGGGCAGACGCCGUGAGACCCCCCUGCACGUGGCCAAGGCUACGGCACAGCGCGGGAGGAGGCCCCGGCUGGCCCCACGGUGCCUGGGCUGCCUGCCCUCUCCUCCCCUGCCCGGCUCUGGCUGGGCCUUGAGGGGGUUUCCUGGCUCAGCCCCUCCCUCCCUCCACCCCCCCGUGCUGGGGGGCCCAUGGGCGUGGCCCCGGCAGCCGCUGUGGGCGUUGUACUAACUCGUUAAUAAACCCGUCCUGCCCGC